UUAACAGAAUUUUAAAUGAAAAUUUUUUCCAGCAGUCGUAAAAAUUUCAAAGAUGGCAGCCUUCAGUGAUUUGAUUUCUUCGGGUUUGAUAGAGAAAGACACAAAUAAAGAUGUCUUAUGGACCUGGUCAUUUCCAUCAAUUACAUCUAGUCAAAAAUCCUUUUUAUUAAGAAAAUGCAACUUAGACAAUGAAGUAACAUCUGUUUCCCAACAAAUUACUUUUCGUUAUUAUCAUUUCCAGCGUGUUUGGUUUUACCUAUAUUUAUCUGAAGUAUUUGAAGCAGAUAAACUACCAAGGGUUAGACAAUUUGUUCUUGUCUUGAAAACUAAAGAUUUUAAUCCUGAGAAAUAUGAGACCUUGUGUAGAAUAUUAAGUAAAACGUAUUGCAAAACUGGAGAUCCUGCAGCAAUGCUUCGUCUUUACUUAUCAGUUGCUAUUAAAGGAUGUUGUGCAACAGAAGAAAAUGGAACAUUUCUAACAAAAGAUUUUGACCAGAAAACUUUUUUUUCUACAGUUCCAAUAAAAGCUGUCAUUAGGAUGUUUGGCCUUGAAACUAUCUUAAUUUAUACAGCUUUAAUUUUGAAGAAACGUAUUGUUGUUUAUCAUCAUCAUUUGGAUUACCUUUUAAGCUUUUUAAGGGCACUUCCUGCUUUAGUAUGGCAUCGACAAGACUGGGAUAUUUUAUAUCCUGAUGUUGAUAUGAUAGAAGAAGAAAUGGCUGAUUUAACUUCAAAUCCAAAUUAUGUUGCAGGAUUUCAAAUAGCAGCAGUUGAAGGAAGGCAUGAAUUAUAUGAUAUAUUUGUGAAUCUUGCAGCCACUGAAAUAUCAGUGGCAACACAUGCUAAAGAAACUUUUACUAUGAGUAAAAUGCACAAAGAUAUUGCUGUAUAUAUGGUGAGACAUGCAGAAAAUGAAAAUUCUUCAGAUCAACAAGUAAUUAAGGUGAGUUCUAAACUUACAUUUGCAUCCUACUUUAUCUAUAAAAUAAAAGAUUUUAAAUAUGACUUAAGAUUUUGUUCUUUGCAAACUUUUUUAUUAUAUGAUUUAUAAAAUUAGGAAAACAUGAAGUGAUUAACAACUUUGAAAAAUCAGAAAAUUGCUAGAAAUUUUGAAAUUUUUAUAUACUUACUUUUCUCUCACUUGCUCUCUAUUUACGUAUAUAACACAAAUUAGUAACAAAGAAAGAUAACUUAAUUUUCUGUUAUGUCUUAAAAUUUUU